AUGUCGAAUGUAACACACGCACAGAAGAACGAUAAACAGCUGAGUUUUGAUGCAUGGUGUACAAUACGCCAGCUUAAGGCCCGUGAUGUUGUAUACUCUCGUGCCGAUAAGGUGAAUGCAGUGGUGAUCAUGGAUAAACAAGAUUACGAUGCUCGCGUUUUAGAUAUGAUCGCUGCUGGCCCGUACGAAGAGUACAAGUUUAAAAACGGGAAACCCAAAAAUCCACUCAAUACAAUGACAGAAGAAGCUAACACUGUUCGGCAAAAGGUUGCGCGUCUGAUGGGAGAGGAUAAAUUAGAACGUAAGUUUCAUGUCCCCAACCCGAAAGUUGCGUCCUUGUAUUGCCUGCCAAAAAUCCAUAAAAGUCCACUGGCGAUGCGUCCUAUAUCGUCAAACAUUUGCACACCGACGGAAAAAAUGGCUGCAUGGGUGGUGGACGAAAUGAAAAAUUACCCCGUAACACAUGGUAUGAGCGUUAAAAACUCCGUAGAACUGGUGGAUUAUCUUAAAGAUGUAGAGAUAAGAAGAGGUGAAGCUCUAGUUUCAUUUGAUGUCACUGCUCUGUUCCCCAGCGUACCAGUGACUGAUGCAUUGAACAGCUUGCGCAGACACCUAGAACGCAAGAAAGCACCACCCAAUCACAUCGAAGCAUACCUGCUGAUUACCGAAACCUGUAUGAACCAAAACUUCUUUUCGUUCAGGGGGAGGUUUUACAGGCAAGUAUUUGGGCUCAGUAUGGGCAACAAGUUAUCCCCACUUUUGGCAGACCUUUUUAUGAGUGACUUUGAGGUGGCACUAUCGACCGAGAAAUACUUCCCUCGAGUGUGGAAACGCUAUGUGGACGAUAUUUUUGCAGUCGUGAAAGAACGCUAUCUUAUACAAACACUCGAGUUGUUGAACUCCCGUCACAGAACGAUAAAGUUUACGGUAGAGAACCGAUGGGUCACUGCCAUUCUUGGAUCUGACGAUAAAGAGAAACGGAGAUAA